AAAGAGAAAGUGAAAGUGUAGCUGAGCUCUGUGUGUUUGUGACUCUGUAUUUCUGCAGUAAAAUGGCAGAAGCCAGAUUUUCUCAGGAUGAGUUUUUGUGUCCGGUGUGUCUGGAUCUCCUGAAGGAUCCAGUGACCAUCCAGUGUGGACACAGUUACUGUAUGAGCUGUAUUACUGACUGCUGGGAUGAAGAGGAUCAGAAGAGAGUCUACAGCUGUCCUCAGUGCAGACAGACCUUCAGCCCAAGACCUGCUUUAUUUAAGAACGUGGUGUUUGCUGAAAUGAUGGAGAAACUGAAGAAGACUAAACUUCAAAGUGUGGUUCCUGCAGGAGCUGGAGAUGUGGAGUGUGACGUCUGUACUGGAAGAAAAUACAGAGCCGUCAAGUCCUGUCUGGUGUGUCUGAACUCUUACUGUCAGAAUCACCUCGAACAACAUGAGAGUUGGUUUAAAGGAAAGAGACACAGUUUGAUUGAAGCCACUGGACGACUGCAGGAGAUGAUCUGCCAGAAACAUGAGAAGAUCCUCGAGGUUUUCUGUCGCACAGAUCAGACGUUUAUAUGUCUGCUGUGUACGAUGGAUGAACAUAAAAACCACGACACUGUAUCAGCUGCAGCACAGAGGACAGAGAAACAGAAGCAGCUGAAGGAGACACAGAAGACGCUCCGGCAGAGAAUCCAGCAGAGAGAGAAAGAUCUCCAGCAGCUGAGAGAGACUGUGGAGUCUCAUAAGCGCUCUGCACAGACAGCAGUGGAGGACAGUGAGAGGAUCUUUACUGAGCUCAUCCGCUCCAUUGAGAGAAGCCGCUCUGAGCUGAUACGACUGAUCAGAGAUCAGGAAAAGACUGCAGUGAGUCGAGCUGAAGAACGACUGGAGCGACUGGAGCAGGAGAUCAAUGAUCUGAGGAGGAGAGACGCUGAGCUGGAGCAGCUUUCACACACACAGGAUCACAUCCAGUUCCUGCAGAGUUUCCAGUCUCUCUCAGCAGCUCCUGAAUCCACAGACGUAAAUGAUGAUAUCUUCAGUUCUCUCUCUUCUGAUGAUCUGAGAGAAUCUGUCCAUCAGCUGAGAGACAAACUGGAGGAUUUCUGCAAAGAGCAGCUGAAGAAGAUCUCAGACAGAGUCACAUUCACCAACAUUGUUCCCAGAACCAGGAAGGACUUCCUACAAUAUUCCCGUCAGUUCACUCUGGAUCUGAACACAGUGAAUAAAUUCCUCCGUCUGUCUGAGAACAACAGAGUGAUUACUGCCACUAAAACAGUUCAGUCGUAUCCUGAUCAUCCAGACAGAUUUGAUGUGUGUCAGGUGUUGUGUAGAGAGAGUGUGUGUGGACGCUGUUACUGGGAGAUUGACUGGAGAGGAUUUAAUAGUGUGUGUAUAUCAGUGUCAUAUAAGAGCAUCAGCAGGAAGGGAGGAGGUAAAGAGUGUGUGUUUGGAUCUAAUGAUCAGUCCUGGAGUUUGUUCUGCUCCCCCUCCAGUUACUCAUUCAGUCACAAUAAUAUACACACUGCUCUCUCUGUGAAGCCCAUCAUCAGGAGAAUAGGAGUGUUUGUGGAUCACAGAGCAGGAACUCUGUCCUUCUACAGCGUCUCUGACACAAUGAGACUCAUCCACACAGUCCAGACCACAUUCACUCAGCCGCUCUAUCUUGGGUUUGGGUUUAAUAGUGUAUUGUUUUUUCUUUGGCCUGGAUCAGUGAAACUGUGUUGAUGAAUCAGAAUACACUGACGAGAGAUUCUACCCACAAUGCUUUGAGCUGCAUGAUAGAUCAAUAACAGUGUUAUUACUGAAUCUCUUCUUUUCUCUUCAUGACAUUAAUACUGCAGCUUUACUUCUGUCAGUGAAAUAAUGUCAGAAUAAAUGUAAUAAAUCCUCACAGAGACGGAAAGAUCAGUGUGUGUGAGUCCUGCUGAGUGACUCUGUGUUUCUGUGACCUUCACAUCCUACAUUUGACCCUGGAGCACAAAACCAGACAUAAGGGUCAAUUAUUUGAAUUUAUUUGAUGUGUGGUUUAUUCGGAGGACAAUAUUUGUCUGAGAUAUUAGAAAAUCUGGAAUCUGAGGGAGCAACAAAAUCUAAAUAUUGAGAAAAUCAUCUUUAAAGUUGUUCAAAUGAAGUUCUUAGCAAUGCAUAUUACUGAUCAA